AUGCUCGCCGUCGCCGAGGACCCAACGCAGAAGGCUGACUUUGAGACGUUUCUCGCCCCUUUUGCCCAGCCCGGCACAAUGAAAGACCUAUCUAAAGAAUUUGACUCCCCUGAGGAUCUCGGAAUCUAUGUUCUUCUCACGACCGAGGACAAUGCUGCCAUCAUCCGUAAGGAUCCACGGGUGCUUUCGAUCGAUCUGGACGUGGAUUCGGGUUUCGACGAACCAAGUACAGCCGCACCAGAUCAAUCAGAACAAAUCACGCUCGACACUUUCGACGGCUUUGUCAUCCAGACCCCCAGCCAGGAUGCCCUGGGUGACCUAUCCUUGCCCCUACCGGUCAACGUCCAAGGUUUCACGCCCAGCAAUGUCCCGGGAUACGCAUACCAGCAAGAGGCCGGCAAAGGGGUGACGGUCUAUGUGUUGGACACGGGUGCCAACCCGGCCCAUGAUGACUUUGCAAAAGCAGAGGGAAACAAACGAUGGUUGUUUGCCAGCGAAGACACGGCCGAGGACGACAAGAACGGUCAUGGCUCCUGCGUCCAAUCGCUCGUAAAUGGGCCCCUUUUUGGCGUUGCUAAGGCAGCCGACAUUGUUAUUGUCAAGCUUGGCGCCCGGUUCACGCUAGACAAUAUCCUCUUCGGUUUGCUUCUGGUAUAUCAGGACGUCAUAAAGAACAAGCUGCAAGGAAAAGCAGUCGUCAACAUGUCGCUCGGGAGCCAACUGCUCGUGCCGAGCACCAAUAACCAGGGCAAGAAUCCCGGUUUCAUACUGCCGCAGGCGAUCGCCGGCUACAACAGCACUAUCCAACUCCUCAUCGAUGAGGACGUCGUGGUGGUCGCGGCGUCUGGCAACAGUAGAGAUGAGCCCGGCGGUAGUGAAUUCGUCACCGCCUUUCCGGCUUUCCUCGGCCGGCAAUUAAACAUGAUCGCCGUCGGUGCUGUCACUGCCGAAGGUAAGCGCGAGGACUACUCCCAAGGUGUGCCUCGGGAGCUCGACACCUCGGCUGUCGGCACCACCGUGUGCGCAAGCAACCUUGGAAACGCGGAUGUCGAAAAGACGGGCACAUCAAUGUCGGCUCCGUUGGUCAGCGGCAUGAUUGCCGUGUGGCUCAGCUCGGCCCAGUACCGCGCGCGGCUCCAGGUCCCCGGUCAGGUCGCCGCCAACGUCAAGCAGCUCGUCCGGGAGCUGUCGUACAACCGCUUCGGCGGAGGCGACACCCCGGUCGCUUGGAACGGCGUUGACGUCUUCACGUGUAACUCCGGUAUCUCCGGCUCCGCCAAGCUCCGGGCUCGGGCGGGACAGUGCGUCAUCAACUCAACGUCGACUGCGCUUCCGACCGCGUCCCCGCCCCCCCAGCCUCCCUCAGCCACCGUACCCGUAGUCGUUUCCACCAUGACGCCGCCGCCACCGGCGCAAACCCCCCUCCCUUGCUACAACUUCAACGUCGACGCCUAUGGUUACUGCUGCGCCACUGCCGAUAGCCCUUGCGGGGACGGUGUCGGGACGUGCUGGUUGCCCUUCACGGGAGUCGGUGUGGGGGGCGGCGGUGAUGGCAUCAAUCUCUUGCCGACGGGGGCAAGAUGCCCACCUCCUCCGGGUGCAAAAGAUGACUUUUAG